UUCACCAAUGCAUCACCACUCUUCCGGAGAAAAAAUAAUUCCUAAUAUCCAGCCACAUUCUCCCUCAGAGCACUUACUCACAAGCUGAGGUAGCAGCAAAAUGCAAAGCUAGGGAAGCUCACUUUGAUGAGUGAGAACUUGACAUCUUCAUCCAACCUAUAACAAGGCAAAACCUUUCACAUUCCUGAAAACACGGAGCACCAGCACAAGCCAUGAUUUUCACUGUGAUUACACAAGACUUCAAUAUGACCCCACUGACUUAACAGCAGUCCUCAAUUGCGUUAUGGGGCAAAUCUGCUUUCUCCAUUGGUGAGCACAAUGCAUGCUAAGCAGCUCCUGCUCUGCAUCGUAAACAUCUUGUGGAAGUUUCAUCCAGCCUCGCCCCGUUUUCCACACAAAUAAAAGGAAGAAGGUGCUGCACUGGAGGCAGAGGGAACUGCACUGGGGCCCCAGCACACCACCUGCACCCAGCCCUCCUCACCAGCAGCCAUGUCCUGCUCCCAUGGCACCAACGUUGUUCGCAUUGGCAAUUUCAGCUCAUCCUCUCUCGCUCUUCCCAGGAAUGGGCAAAGCUUUAGUAGAGUCUUGUCUCGCCAACGUGGGUUGGAUUCCUUCAGCACCAGGAGCCUCAGCGGUGUAGCACCCUCCAGGCCCAGAAUAGCUGUAGGAAGGUGUCCUCCUACAAGAUGUGGGUAUGUUUUUGGUGCUGCUGGAGCUGGAUUUGGCUGCAGAGGUGCUGGCUUUGGUUAUAGGGUUGGUGGAUCCUCCGGGCUGCGCACCAUCGUACCCAUCACCGUCAAUGAGAAACUGCUACAACCACUCCAACUGGAGCUCGACCCCAACGUGCAGACCGUGAAGUACCAAGAGAAGGAGCAGAUUAAGACCCUCAACAACGAAUUUGCUUCUUUCAUUGAGAAGGUGCGAUUACUGGAGCAGCAGAACGAGGUGCUGGAGACCAAGUGGAGCUUUCUGCAGGGUCAGAAACAUUGCAGGAACACCAUCGUGCCCAUGUUGGAGGCUUGUAUCAGGAACUUGAAGAAGCAGCUGGAAGCGCUGGGGUGCAACAGAACCCAGUUAGAAACACACCUGAAAGCAGCCCAAGAGGCUUUGGAAACCAACAAGAAAAUGUAUGAGGAUGAACGCAGCCAACGGAGCUGCACUGAGAAGGAGUUGAUUGCCCUGAAGAAGGACGUGGACUGCUUUUUCAUAAACAAAGCAGAGCUGGGGGCCAAGGUGGGAAGGAUGGAAGGAGAGUUCGACUUCCUCAGGGUGCUCUAUGAGGAGGAGAGCCACCAGCUGCAGGCCCACAUCUCAGACACGGCAGUGGUUGUGCAGAUGGACAACAGCCGGGAUCCUGAUCUGGAUGGCAUUGUUGCCAAUGUCAAGGCUCACUAUGAGGACACCGCCUGCAGGAGCAGGGCAGAAACUGAAGCCUGGUGUAAAGGCAAGUUUGAGGAGCUGCGAGUUACUGCAGGCAGAAAUGCUGAUAGUCUGCAAGAGAAGAAAAGAGAGGCGGCUGACCUGACACGGGUGGUCAAGAAACUGAGUGGAGAAGUCAGGAGUGCCAAGGAGCAGUGCUGCAAACUGGAAAUGGCCGUGGCUGAUGCUGAGCAGCACAAGGAAACAUCCAUCAAGGAUGCAAAGAGCAAACUCACCAAGCUGGAGGCGGCUCUGCAGAAGGCGAAGCAGGACCUGGCCCGGCAGCUGUGGGAGUUCCAGGAGCUGAUGAACGUCAAGCUGGCUCUGGACAUCGAGAUCACAACCUACAGAAAGCUGCUGGAGGGUGAGGAGAGCAGGCUCUGUGCAGAAGGAGACAUCCCUGUCAACAUCUCUUUGUCUUCCACAGCUGUCUGCCAUUCCCAAGGAGGUCUCGCCUACAGCCCAGAACCAAGCUUUGCUGGGUUGGCCAAUGGAAGCUCAUGCAUUAGGAGAGGGAGCAACCACAUGAAGGUUGUGUCCAUGGGCAAGCCAACUGUGUAAAGAGCUGCAGAUGAAUGGCAAGGCUGGAAACGAAGCACAAUGCACACCCUGCUGCCUACACACAGCAAGAGCCUGGCUGGUGCAGGAGCACAUGUGCCCAGCUCCCCUACAUUGCACACCUGUUUUCCAUGCAGAGGGAUACAAAAGGCAAAGAGGGGUAUUUCUGUCAAAGAGAUUUGCUGUUUCUGCUAGGGAAUUCUAGGAGCAAACCCCAAAUUCCCUUCACAAUCCCCUUCUCAUACGCAAUUCACAUAAGAGGCCCUUGGUGUAAUUCCUUGCUCUUUCUGCUCAUACAGACUGAAGGAUGAGGAUGAGGUGUAGGACAGAGCUGCUGCAACCCAUGACCUUCUAAUUAGGGCUUCAUUCAGCCCUCUUGUGCUAGCAGCUCCCAUAUAUAACCUAUUGCUAUAACCUAGUUAUAUCAGCUGUCCUGAUUUACAGAUACACCUCUGACAUCAGCAGAACUCACCCAAAGUUGCCUAGUUUCCCUACACAUACCAAUUUCACAUCCCAACGGGUGGAUUUCAACGGCUGUUGCUGUUUGGAGGCAGUUUGCUUUUUAUUUGCAUUACCUGUUUGGAAACCAAUCCUCGACUUUCCCUUUUACUUCAGGGUUUAUAAUGGUCCAGCUCAUCUGAUGCCAUAAAUACCAUCUUAAAUUAAGGAUCUUGGGGCCUAAGCCCACUGUCAAAAGUGACAGGGGCUGAUCCAUCAAUAAGCCUGGCCACAGGUCACAAAAGCCUCUGCUGUCGUGUUCAAGGGAUCCAGACCCAGCCUUAAACACCUGGCAUCAGCAUCAAUCACCUUUUCAAUCUGCCAGUACCUAUUAAACUGAGCUGCUAGUGUAAAUGCAUUUAUACUAUUUGAGGUCUGGGAAGGGGAGAGGAUGCAGUGAUUUAUUUCUGAUGACUUCACAUUUUGUCUGCAAUGCUUGUCAAUGGCUUUUAUCCCAGUUAUAGUCUCGCAUCUCCAAUAAAUCUACAUAGCAAUUCAGUUACCCAGUGGCUUCUUUUUGGGGAGAAGAAGGGUUGGUUUUGUCUUUGCUCCAGGAUCUCAAAUGUCAACACUUACAGGGGUCUGACAGGCAGGUCCAAGCCCCAUGUCCCCUGACAAAGUCCUUCCAUGUCCCUCAAUCUAACAACAUCCUGCAUGCAAGGAGCUUACAAACCUCCCUCCAAAGCACCAAACCUCUCUCCGAGGCACAGCUCUCUUCUUGCAUGCAUGGAGCAGGAGCCAACUCCUGCGUGGGGUUACACAUCUUUAUUAAGGUAGGGUGGAGCUCCGAAUAAUUUUCCUCCCAGGAAAAAAAAGGAAACCAAAACAAAACACCAUUUAGAGGGCACUGACUAAGCAAAGAUGCUCUCGCAGUUUGCAUAAAGCUAACUGAAACUUCUCAUUACCACCAUCAAUGCCUAAAUCCCCUGAGAACAGCACUGACUGCCCCAACUUGCCCAGGAUCUCUUUGCAUCCUGAUGGCAGGAGCUGCUGGGUGUUUUGGGGCCAAUUUGUCCUCUCUCUGCUCUGGUACCAGCUCUCAAUCCGAGCAUUCUCUUCCCCCAGUAGAGUCUGGGUAACCUCUUUUCCUCUUCACCAGAUGGAAGGUUGGCUUUAGAAUCUCAUCAAGCCAAUUAGGCUCCCCUGGUGCACCCCAUCUUCCCAAGAGAUGUGCUUCCACCUUGCUCUUCUGUGCCUGGUAGAGCUCAGACCCAGCCCAACCCAUAAUAAACACAAGGUGAUAACCUCAGUCAAGCCAGAGCAGGAUUUUGGCCUUUGUAGCUGCUAAAAAACUGAUGGAAAACACACAAACAAAUGCAACUUGAAUGCAGGGGAGCUGCAGAAAGCCCCAGCACCCAAAGCUUUCCUCCCAGUCGUUGUUGCCACCAAGUCCUCGCUGCUCUUCUGCCACAGUUUCCCUAUAGAGAAAAACAGAACUUACCUCCUUUGUAAACCCCUCUGCUGCCUGUGGACAGCAUGCAUCUCCAGAGCUCUCAGUCCUGUUGUUACAGCAACACACAUCCACAGCCACAUCCUGGUGUCUGCUGCUGGAGAGAGAGCACCAGAGGAGGGGAGAAACAGAAGGGCUGAGAGCAAGCAGAGCAGCAGAAACACUCCAAGGAGCACUGGCUUGGAGAAUGAAAUAAAUUACAUUAUAAAGUAUACUUAAAUAUUAUAAAUGCACAUAAAUGUUAUGCAUUUUAUCCCACAGAAAGCAGGAGGAAGAGGCUGCAGAGCCCUGAGCUGCAGCAGAUAGCCUGGAUGUACACUUACACAGACACCAGCAAAGCUGGAAGAAGGAAAAAAACCAUUUCACUGCUUUAUAUUCAGAAAGCAGCCAGAUUUUAUUGUAUUCCAGUUAGUAGGGAAAAAGCAAACCCUACUGACCACGAAGUCAGCUGGAGGUCUUUAAGAUGUGUAAGGCAUUUGCAUGGAGCAUCCUGUCCAGCCAUUAAUGUGCUGGCAUGGGGGCAGAGGCAUUGAUGUCUGAUUUUAAGAGCAGCGAAGGGCUUUGAGGUGUACUGUGGGAGGCUGUAAUUAAUCACACAGCUGUGUGCAGAGAGAUGGAUGUCCUCCUGUGUUGUAUCCCUGCCCCAAUCACAACGACAGGGACAAUAGGCUGGGAGGGGAAACUUGGUAUCACCCUUCCCCAGGGGGUGAACAAAGAAGUGCCCCUCCGUGGAUCAGAGGACUCACCCAUCCAAGGAGAGAUUCCCUCUGCAAUUCUUUUGCUGCCCGUUGGGCUCCAUCUUCCCCUUGACUCCUCUCUUUGCAGAACUCAACAGCCUGCAGUGCUCCAUGUCCUCUGAGUCCCAGUUCACAGCUCCACCAGGACCCAUAGCAGCUGCUGGGGCCGCCCCAGCACUUGCACCAGGCAUGUUCCCAGCUCUCAGCUCCCAGGAACACCCUUAGCUCAGGUGGUGGAGGCCUGAUGCACAUUUCAGAUGCUCAUUAUCCAUCUUAAUCACUGCUGCAAAACAAGAGGCCAAAAAAAAAUCCUCCUCGGUGCUGCGGUGGGCGCUGGGUCACACCUGUCUCCUUUUGGAAAUGCAAACAAACACCUCACCCACUGCAAAGCUGUUCCUGAAUUACAGCUCCUGAAUGCAACAGGAGGCUCAGGACACACCUGGCUUUGCACUAAUUUAAUAAGUAGAGGUUAAAUUCCAACCAGACCCAAGGAAUGAACCAAAAACACGAGGUGCAUCCAUCCCCAUGGCCUCACAGAGACACGAAGCACUUGAAGGGUGCAGAUCCCCAUCUCCCCAGCAGUGAGCAUUGUUCUGUGAUGUGGGAGAGCUGCAGCCACACCUCCCACGUCCCUGUUCCCAGAUCAUCACUGCACACAACACAACAGCAGAGACAGAGCCUCCAUUCCCAAUUAGGCAUCACAGAGCCAUGCAAAUGACAGCAAGCAGCUGCUUCCCCUGCCCAAAAACCAUCUGGGCAAGGCCUUUCUUUGAGCCCUUUGUUUCCAUUCACUCCAGGGGAUUUCUUUUUGCAUUUCACUCCCUCGGCUGUGACAAGAAAGAGGUGAGCUGGGUGUGCCAGGCUGAUAGCACGGCUCUGCUGGGCACACGGGGAGCUGCCCUCCCUGCAUUAGUGCCACGUGUGCUGUAAAACCACACACCCAGCCUGAGCUCUGCACUCAUGCAGUGGGCUGGGAUGACAGAGUAGGGUUUGCCACAGGCACAGCAUCUCCCAGGCUUUAAUGGUCUCAUAGCCACCGUGGUGCUGCAGGAAACAGCUUUUCUCACUGACUACGGAAUUUCUGCCUGGCCCCAUUUCUAUCCCAUGGAAUGACACCUUCAGCACUGGGGGCUCACCCCACAUCUGCACACACUGCUCACCUGUGCUGCCCCAAAAGGAGCAGCAAGGAUCUGUCCUUGUGCAGAUUCAUUUUGCUGAGCUUUGGCUGCUUGCAAGCAAAGCAUUUCUCCCAGAGUUUGGCUCCUCUCUGCUCAGCAUACGGUGCUCAGAGAGGGGUCGGUCCCAACUGGUUCCAGUUGUGCUGAGGGCUGGGCUGAGCCAAGUUGAGGGAACAAAACCAGUCCCAUCACCCAAACCCAAUGCAAAGCAGGGGAAUAAAUUCACCCAUGGGUGAGACUGCAGGCAGCAACCCCAAAUCCUCAUCCCGACCACAGCGUGGCACUGCUCCAAGGGACACAGCCUGGAGGGAGGCGAGGACUGGGAUGGUUCUCCAGGCUCUUAAGCAGCAACACACGAGGAACUCAGCUGGGACUGAAGAAGCACACAGCAGGGCAACUUUAUUAACGGCCUCAUGGCAAACUCCCAGACCACAAAGGUAUAAAACAUCAACCAGAGAUACGCUGCUAGGACACGGCAGAGCACGCAAUGCAACAAUUCCAUGCAGUUUCUUUGACUUGUUUAUUCAAAAAUUCUUCCUACCGCAGUAACAAACUAUUUUCCCCGGCGUGUUUAGGUUGAAGACUCAUUUUGGCAGGAACAAGGAGUUAUUGUAAUGAAGCAUCAACAAAACACGCUUUUUUCCCAGUGGUAGGAGAGACCCCGGAUAUCACUAGUAAUGCUCUGCAAUAUAGGGUAGUAAACAGAGGCACCCAAGGGUGGGGAGUGUUAUCUCCCAUUUCAGUGUGCUGCUUGUAAUUUUAAGCAAUUUCCAUACCCUUUAGGCUUUGGGCUUCUGUUAAGAAGACAGAAAGGACGAGUUUGUGAGUUAUUUUGUUAUACAGAACCUAUAAAGGAGAUCUGUCUGCAUUGCCUUCAGUAAGAAAUUAGCUUCCAUUAGACCAGCAUUGUUCAAUUCCAUUUCUGAGCCAAUUUCUAAA